CUUGAUGCUGGUGGGGGUGAAACUGGUGGGGGAGAUUACCAGGGGCUGCCCAUCGUCAGCACCUUGGACCUGACCGCCUCCCCAAAACCGACGGCUAUCCCAAUCCACUUUGGAUCUCUCUGUAAUCUCUGUCUAUAAAGAUUUCAGUGUUGACGCCCUUUCUUCUCACUGGCUGCUCUUCUAUCUCCCCACUCCUCGGCAGCCUGUCCCUGUCUCUCUCUCCGUAAUCUUUAUCUAUAAAGAUUUCUACCUUGCCACUUCUCUUUUCACUGGUUGGUUGCCUCUCUCUCGCUCUCCCUCCCUAUCUCCCUCCCUCCCUCCCUUUGUCAUGGCUAGUUCUACCACCUUGUCUUCUCCUUCCUCCUUCCUUGGGUUUUCCUCGUAUUCGUCUUCAUCCUCUAACAGCGCGUCUGUAGGCUUCUUCAGACCAUCACCACUAAAACCCAACAAAAUUUCCAUCUCAUUUCCGAGGAAGAGAGUGUACUUCCGGCCUUCGAGCUCAAUAUCCGGCCCUGCAAUCGAGAAGGAGGUGCCGCAGAGUGAGCGGCCGGACAGCUUCUUGAGAGAUGGAGAGGCCCCAGCUUCUGAUUCGUCCUCCGUUAGGGGCCGAUUUGAGAAGAUGAUCAGGGAAGUGCAGGAUAAGGUCUGCGCAGCUAUCGAGGCGGUUGAUGGGUGUCGGUUCAAGGAGGAUGUGUGGUCAAGGCCCGGGGGCGGAGGCGGAAUAAGCCGCGUUCUGCAGGACGGGAAUGUGUGGGAGAAGGCCGGAGUCAACGUUUCUGUGGUCUACGGGAUGAUGCCCCCGGACGCGUACCGGGCUGCCACGGCAGGGACCGUCGUCAAUGCCGGCCCCGUCCCCUUCUUCGCCGCUGGAAUUAGCUCUGUUUUGCAUCCAAAGAACCCAUUUGCACCUACAUUGCAUUUCAAUUAUCGGUACUUCGAGACAGACGCUCCAGAAGAUGCUGCUGGAGCACCACGAAAAUGGUGGUUUGGCGGGGGUACGGAUUUAACCCCUUCCUAUAUAUUUGAGGAGGAUGUUAAACAUUUCCAUUCGAUUCAAAAGAAGGCCUGCGACAAGUUUGAUCCUACUUUCUAUCCGCGGUUCAAGAAAUGGUGUGAUGACUAUUUCUGUAUCAAGCACCGGGAGGAGCGGCGUGGGCUUGGUGGAAUCUUUUUCGAUGACCUAAAUGAUUAUGACCAGGAGUUCCUUCUUGGUUUUACAACAGAAUGUGCAAACUCUGUUGUUCCAGCCUACAUACCACUGAUAGAAAAGCGGAAGGAUACACCUUUUACAGAACAACACAAGGCAUGGCAGCAGUUAAGGAGGGGGCGCUAUGUGGAAUUCAACUUGGUUUAUGAUCGUGGCACCACGUUCGGGCUGAAGACAGGGGGCAGGAUUGAGAGUAUUCUAGUUUCUCUACCUUUGACGGCCCGAUGGGAAUAUGACCAUAAACCAGAAGAGGGAACUGAAGAAUGGAAGCUCCUUGAUGCAUGUGUUAACCCCAAGGAGUGGAUCUGACGCCUCCCAUUUCACCUGUUUGCUCUUUUCAUAUGUCCUGUGGUUUUUGUCACAUUUUUGUGCUUAGAGAAUCUUGUAGUAUGCUUUGAGAUGUAUAAUAAGAGGAAAUUUAUUUUUUGGA